AUGCCGCACAAGAGGAUAGAUUACGACGCGAUCGUCAUUGGUGCCGGCUUCAGCGGUAUCAGGUCCCUCUGGGAAUUACGGAACCGGGGCCAGUCCGUCAAGUGUUUCGACGCGGCACAAGAUGUAGGAGGAACCUGGUACUACAAUCGCUAUCCCGGGUCCCGGACGGAUGGCGAGGCUUGGGUUUACAUUUUCAAUUUUACCCCGGACUUGCUCGAGGAAUGGAACUUUAAAGAAAGAUAUCCGACACAGGAAGAAAUUCAACAAUACUUGGGUCGUGUUGUGGACCGCUACGAUCUGCGAAGGUAUAUCGAAUUUGGUACACGAGUCGCGUCCGCACGCUACAGUGACAGUGAGAGAAUCUGGACGAUCACCACGGCUAAUGGAGUGUCCACUACCUGUCGCUACUUUCUCCCGGCCACGGGAAACUUGUCGGUUCCCAAAGUUCCGGAUUUCCCGGGACUCCAGACAUACACCGGCGAGUGGUACCAGGCGUCCACCUGGCCUGCACACAAGGUGGAUAUCCAAGGAAAGCGUGUCGCCAUUGUGGGCACGGGUUCCACAGGCGUCCAUCUCAUUCCUAAACUUGCGCCCGCCGCCCAGGAACUGACUGUGUUUCAACGCACACCGAACUACGUGCUUCCUGGGCGCAAUUAUGCCAUCGAUGAGUACCAGGUCGUCGACAUCAAGAAGAACCACGAUACCACUUGGGAAAUGGCAUCGAUGAAUCUCGCCGGCCACGCCUGCAGAGCAUCUGGGAGAACCCUCAAGGGGACGGACCCCGACCAGAUCCGACAAGUCUUCGACGAUGGCUGGGAACGCGGCAUUUUUAACUUCCAGAUGGAGACAUUUGAUGAUGUGUUUAUGGACCCCGAGACCAACGAGCAGUGCGCGGAAUUCAUCCGCCAGAAAAUUCGCGCCAUCGUGAAGGACCAGAAGAAGGCAGAGAUCCUGUGUCCCAAAUAUCCGUUCGGUGCCAAGCGUCCGCCGUCCGGACAUCACUACUUUGAGACCUUCAAUCGACCCAACGUCAAACUGGUCGACAUCAGUCGAGACGAGAUUGAGCUGUGCGAGAAAGGAAUUCGGAUUAGCUCCGGUGCGGAAUACGAGUUUGAUAUGAUCAUUUUUGCGGUAGGAUUCGAUGCCGGUACGGGGGCGCUGAACCAAAUGGAGAUUACUGGUAGCCAUGGAGAAUCCUUAAAGCAACAUUGGAGCGACAGACUGGGCACUUUCGCUGGUGUGCUGGUCAAUGGAUUUCCCAACAUGUUCAUCGUUUGCGGCCCUCACAUGCCGGCAGGCAAUCAGCCAGUGAUGCUCGAGAUCGCCAUGGAUUGGAUCGGCAAAACGAUUGGUCACAUGGAUAAUAACAAGCUGGCGACUGUUAAUGUCACUGAGAAAGCUGUGGAUGCAUGGACGGACCAUGCUGACGGGCUGUGGAAUUCUGUCUGGAUCUCCAAGCCCGCCACCGAGCACCGCUCUUGGUUCGUUAGCACCAGUAUCCCGGGCAAGCCUGCUAAAGUUAUGUUUUACUUUGGCGGCGUCCAAGGGUGGAAGUCGUGGCUCGACAGAGAGCUGAACACGGAAUGGUCCGGUAUGGAGUUUACUGCUCGCACAGUCACGGACGAAGAUGAGGAUACUGCUCCAGUGGAAGAAGAUACCUUCGGUCAGGCGACCUCCGUGGGCGGAGUCCCAAUUACUGCGGAGGUGCUGGAGUCGGUUGUCAUGCCCAUGCAAUCUGAUGACAUUGGAAUGUCCGCGGCCGAAAAAUUCAACGUCGGCUCGGCAGCCUGUGCCCGGUAUAUCGACUGGGCUGUCAAGGAGGUGCAGGACCGCGAACUGGUCGUGAAACAGGACCACCGAGUCCGCUGGUGGAAGGUGAUGCAAGGGUUUUUAGAGUCCGAGUCAGGACAGGCGCUUAUUGAGCAGAGCCCAAGCACCAAGGAAGACCUACAAGCGCUCACUUCGAAACUGGGCAUCGAAGGCGAAGCGAUAUCCCGCAUUGGGCCAGAGAUAGUUCGCAUGUUGACCGGCCAAACCAAUUCGCUUUUCCAUAUGCUCAGAGAUAACCUCCUAUUCCGGAUGUAUCUUUCCGACGAGGGCGCCAGACCCAACAGAUACGUGGCCGAAUAUGCUAAGAUACUCACCAGUCGUAAGAAAGGCCUAAGGAUCCUAGAGGUCGGCGCUGGCACAGGAGGUACGACCUUCCAAGUGCUGAACGCAUGCAGUCCGAACGGUGAAUCCUUCUGUUCGCAGUAUAUGUAUACAGACAUCUCACAUGGCUUCUUUAAGACGGGUCAAAGUACCCUGAAAGUUUGGGACGGUCUGCUCACAUUCAAAACUCUAAACGUGGAAAAUGACCCCGCCAAGCAAGGAUUCGAAGAGCACUCAUAUGACUUGAUCAUUGCGGCGAACGUCGUACACGCGACGAGGUCGCUCACUAAGUCAUUGGGUAACAUUCACAAGCUGCUGAAGCCCGGCGGUGUGCUCGGACUGGUCGAACUGACUCGUUUAACCCCUUACUUCAACAUGGCUUUUGGUCCGCUGGCUGGCUGGUGGCUUGGUGUCGAUGAGGGUAGAACGGAGAGCCCCCUGCAAUCUGCAGAGCAAUGGAACAAGCAGCUGAAAAAGGCUGGCUUCUCUGGCGUCGAUCUAGCAGCUUACGAUUUGCCAGAACCAGAAAGACAUAGUGCUCUUCUGUUGUCUACUGCUCUCGCGGCUCCUGGUGGGAUUUAA